AUGGGAGGAAACAAUGACUCUCUACUGACUGAAUUCAUCCUAUUGGGACUCACCAGUAACCCCGACAUGAAGAUUAUUCUCUUUGGUCUAUUUCUUGGCAUCUACCUUGUGACCCUGAUAGGAAACGGCCUCCUCAUCCUGCUCACUCAGGUGGACCCACGACUCCACACACCUAUGUAUUUUUUCCUCAGUAACUUAUCUUUCUUAGAUAUCUGCUAUACUACCAGCACUGUACCCCAGAUGCUGGUUCACUGCCUCUCCAAAAGGACCUCCAUUUCCCUUAUCAGGUGCUUCACACAGAUGUACAUCUCUGUCUUCCUGGGCACAACUGAAUUCCUCCUGCUGGCUGUGAUGGCUUAUGACCGCUGGGUAGCCAUUUACAACCCAUUGCGCUACACCAUUAUAAUGAGUAACAGGGUCUGCUUUCAUCUGGCAGCCAUUACAUGGAGCAGUGCUUUUCUCCUGAUUGCAGUGCCUUCCCUCGCCAUGCACCCUCAGUUUUGUGGGUCCAACAACAUCAUCAACCACUUUGUGUGUGAAGUACAGGCCAUGUUGAAAUUGGCCUGCUCAGACACAAGCAAUAACCAGAUUGUGAUGUUUGUCACCAGCAUCUUCACCCUGCUUCUGCCCUUCAGCUUUAUUUUUGUCACCUAUGCCCGUAUCAUCACAGCUGUACUAAGGAUCCGCUCUGCUGAGGGCAGGGCCAAGGCAUUUUCCACCUGUGGCUCCCACCUUACUGUGGUUACCAUCUUCUAUGGGACAACCAUCUUUAUUUAUCUACAACCUCCGUCCAAAUCAUCCCUGGAACAAGAGAAGGUGCUUGGUGUGUUUUAUGGGGUUGCGAUCCCCAUGAUGAACCCACUGAUUUAUAGCCUGAGGAACAAGGAAGUGAAAGCAGCUUUCUGGAAGUUAGCAGGAUGUAAAGGCCACACUUGA